AUGGCAGUCACGUCCACACUUUACACUCCCUUGGUGGAAACCCAUUUCUACUCCACAGGUGGCUACCAGCUCUCCACUGUGUAUACCUUGCAGCCACAAACGACACCCUUCACACCGAGAGAUAGUACCUGUUCCAUACUACCUCGAGCUAUCCGGUGCGUAGAGGCCAAAAGUGAAGAUAUCACAUCGGGCUUCACUUGUUACGGUCUACAAUUUGUGGGAGAGACAACGACAUCGGUACCAACACAAUGCUUUCCGGAGAGUUACAUAAACAUCUGGAGACCUUUCGACGAGUUCAGUGAUAUCCCGAGUUUGGCUUACCCAGGCACUGCGUGCAUUAGCGGGUGGACAACUGCGUGUUCCACGGAUGUCACGGAGACAAGUGGAAAAACGCAUGCACAAACUUGGUGCUGCCCCUCUGGCUGGGGCUGUCUCAGUGCUUCGAAUGGUGGUAUCCCUCACCGGGAAUGUACAAGCCUCCUGAGUACUCCGACUGAAGUGUGGAUCAACAACGUUGUAACUACGAGAGAAAGUGAAAGCACCAUUACGACAUCUUGGACGAAAGUCUUUCUCUCAAACCUGCCUAGAGGGGGCCCAAUCAUUAUCAAUCAUCCUGUUUUUCCACUUUACGGCAAAGUUCCGCCUCGUCAGGUUGAAGGUGCCAGAGAGACCUCGUUAUCUGGAGGGGCAAUUGCUGGUAUUGUAGUUGGAAUCGUGGUUAUACUCAUGGCUCUCAUUGGUUGUAGCUGGUUUAUAUGUCUUAAGAAGAGAAAGCAAGAACGGGGAACCCGGCUGCUACAAAGAGACACUGCCGUUGGGAGGGGAGAGCACUCUUUUGUGAGAGAAAACCAUGACUCGAAAACGAAGUCACCAAAUCAUGAUCGAGACGCUCAAGAGAUGUGUACGUUAAGGCCAUCUGCUGUAGAGCUCCCGUCCCAUAGCCGAGCUGCCGAGGUCGAGGGAGAUAGUCGCCCAGUUGAACUGGAAUCUUAG